ACUCUGACGCCCCCCGCGCCGUGCCUCCUGCCUCCCCGGCACUGCCGCAGAGCCUCCACCGCAACGCGAAGCCCACGCAGACACUCCGGUCUGCCCCUCCUCUGGUCUGUCACGCUCGGCGGCUCCUCCGGGAGGCUCCUCGCUCCCUCCCGCAGCCUCACGCCUCGAACAGGCGGCAGCGGGGAGCGGAGGGAGCCGGGAGCGCUCCGCAGCCCGGUCGCGGCUCUCCGCCGGUUGAAUAUUACAGCUUCACAUGUACUUGGGCUUUUCCUACUGAUUUCCAACACACAAUACGUAUUCUAAAGUUAUUCAGCAGGUCCCUCUGCAGCAUCACGUCAAUUGGUCCUUGAUACAAGAUGGAGGAGACAUACAAAGAUAGGACUUCAUUAGUGAAAGGGGCAAAAGAUAUUGCCAAAGAGGUGAAGAGGCAAGCGGUAAAAAAAGUGAAUAAAGCUGUUGACAAAGCUCAGGAUGGCUAUACACAGAGGUCCUACAACCGAUUCCAGGACGAGGAAGAUGACGAUGAUUACUAUGUCCAAGGAGGAAAUUACAGUGUAGGAGCUAAUGAUGAUGAAGGGUCAAGUGAAGCAACUGAAGGACAUGAUGAAGAUGAUGAAAUUUAUGAAGGGGAGUAUCAGGGAAUCCCCAACAUGGGGCAGGGCAAGGAUGGUGUGGUGGCCUUAGGUCAGCCUAUGCGUGAUGAAUACAAGGAUCGUCAUGAACUGGAAAUGGAGAGGAAAGCUGAUGAAGAAGAGUUAGCACAGCAGUAUGAACUGAUAAUACAAGAAUGUGGCCAUGGUCGUUUCCAGUGGGCCCUCUUCUUUGUGUUGGGAAUGGCCCUAAUGGCUGAUGGGGUUGAAGUUUUUGUAGUUGGAUUUGUGUUGCCCAGUGCUGAAACAGAUAUGUGUAUACCUAAUUCUGGAUCAGGUUGGCUUGGUAGCAUAGUGUACCUUGGGAUGAUGGUGGGGGCAUUCUUCUGGGGAGGCUUGGCAGACAAAGUGGGAAGGAGACAGUCACUCCUGAUAUGCAUGUCUGUCAAUGGAUUCUUUGCCUUCCUUUCGUCAUUUGUCCAGGGCUACGGCUUCUUCCUCUUCUGUCGCUUAUUUUCUGGAUUUGGGAUCGGUGGAGCUAUGCCGACAGUCUUCUCCUAUUUUUCGGAAGUGCUUGCUCGGGAGAAAAGAGGUGAACACCUGAGCUGGCUCUGCAUGUUUUGGAUGAUUGGUGGCAUCUAUGCUUCUGCAAUGGCUUGGGCAAUAAUUCCUCAUUACGGGUGGAGUUUCAGUAUGGGCUCUGCCUACCAGUUCCACAGCUGGCGAGUAUUUGUGAUUGUCUGUGCGCUGCCCUGCGUCUCUUCUGUCGUAGCCCUGACCUUUAUGCCUGAAAGCCCAAGGUUCUUGCUGGAGGUUGGAAAACAUGAUGAAGCUUGGAUGAUACUUAAGCAAAUUCAUGACACAAACAUGCGAGCUCGUGGUCAGCCUGAAAAAGUCUUCACAGUUAACAGAAUCAAAACCCCGAAGCAGAUAGAUGAGCUCAUAGAAAUAGAGAGCGAUACAGGAACUUGGUACAGGAGGUGCUUUGUUAGAAUUCGCACGGAGCUAUAUGGUAUUUGGUUGACUUUUAUGAGAUGCUUCAACUACCCAGUGAAGGACAACACAAUCAAACUUACAGCUGUAUGGUUCACCCUGUCCUUUGGCUACUAUGGCUUAUCUGUCUGGUUUCCUGAUGUCAUUAAACAUCUGCAGUCAGAUGAGUAUGCCUCCCGAGUGAAACAUUUCCGCAAUGAGGAGGUCUCAAAUUUCGUCUUCAACUUCACACUGGAAAAUCAGAUUCACAGCAGUGGAGAAUACAUCAAUGACAGGUUUGUUAUGAUGAAGUUUAAAUCAGUAACCUUUGAAGAUUCACUUUUUAAGAACUGUGUGUUUGAAGACAUUACUUCACUGAAUACAUACUUCAGGAACUGUACUUUUGUGAAUACCACCUUCUACAACACAGAUCUUGAGCAAUAUAAAUUUGUUGACAGCGAAUUGAUAAAUUGCACAUUUUUCCACAUCAGGACAGGAUGCCAGAUUUCUUUCGAUGAUGACUACAGUGCCUACUGGAUUUACUUUGUUAAUUUCCUGGGAACUUUGGCAGUGUUACCAGGGAAUAUUGUGUCUGCUCUCCUGAUGGAUAGAAUUGGACGGUUAACGAUGUUAGGUGGUUCCAUGGUUCUCUCUGGCAUCAGCUGUUUUUUCCUGUGGUUUGGAACCAGUGAAUCCAUGAUGAUAGGUAUGCUGUGCCUAUACAAUGGCCUCACCAUCUCUGCAUGGAACUCUCUAGAAGUCAUUACUGUGGAGCUGUAUCCUACAGACAGAAGGGCAACGGGCUUUGGCUUUUUGAAUGCACUAUGCAAAGCAGCAGCUGUACUUGGAAACUUAAUAUUUGGUUCCCUUGUUGGUAUCACCAAAGCAAUCCCUAUCCUCCUUGCUUCUACUGUUCUAGUGUGUGGAGGUCUGGUAGGACUUCGCCUUCCUGACACAAGAACCCAGGUGUUGAUGUAACUGGAAAAAGCCAUUUACUAGUUAUUUCUUUCUUUGUACAAAUGUCAGCUCUCCUGACCAAUAGUGCAAAGGCUUCAGAUUCUCAGUCCUUAGCUCAGAUAUCAGAAAUCAAACUCAAAAGAUACUUUGGAGUGGCACAGAUUUAGAAACUUCUGUAUGAAAGUUUUAAAUUUCACUUUUGUUCACUUGCAUAAAUUGCUGUUUGAACCCACUUAACUUCAAACUGCAAAGCUACCUCUUAAAACACAGUUUCAGUGACAUGUCCACAGAGGUAAAAACCAUACUGAUAAUUUGAUAUUUAAAAUGUAAAAGUCAUUUUAUUUAAAAAUACAUGCAAAAUUUGGCCAUGACAUUGUGGGCUUGUGUAACCGUACAGACAUGAAAGUCAAUUACUUAGUAGUAUUAGUGUAGAGAAUGUUAACAUUACAUGUAUCAAUGCAUGCAGCAUUAAUUGGGAAACUCUACAGACUAUGUGAGUACUGAGAACACUGACCAUCUGUGGCUGUGUGUAGAUGGUAAAAAUUUGUGGUAGUGCCUCUUUCUAGGAAAAUCUUUUUAGGUAGAUCGAAUAUAAAGAUUACCAACUACACCCUGUACUUGCUGAGGAGAAGGCAGCUGCUACUGCAAAGAGAAGAAAAGCCCAUAUGAGUGAGCAGCAAAGAGAAUAACAAAAUAAGCACUUUCACUGUUUGCUGCUGAUUCUCCAGAAAAAUUUUGUUUUCUUCUCACUUGUGGCAUCUGGAUUAUUUUUGCCAUUUUAAAACAGUGAAUUUUUCUUAAUCCAGGAGUGACUCAUUACAAAUAUUUAUGUUGUGAGUAUGAAUAGAGGAAGGAUCAGGCCAGUGAACUCUAUGAAAAGUAAGAUACUUUCAGAAAACUUUGUUUGGUACUUACAUUUCUAAUGGAUUAUUUGUCACAGAAUGGUUGUAAAAAUAUGUGGUUGUGGAAUGCCACAUAGUAAACUUAGUCAGGCCAUAUCUUCAAUUUAGAAUAUAAUGUAAUUGGAACAUCUCAAAAGACCUUUCUUUAAAAAGCAUGUCAAAACAAAGAAAAACAAUAAUAAAACCCACCUUCAUUAUUUAUAUACUUCUCUAUAUAACAAUUUUCUCAGCUGAUUUUUAGUAGUUCCAGAGAUAUCUCUUCAUUUAGCACUCUGAAAUAUAUCUCUGAAAGGCCAUUAAGAAAGAAGCCAUGCCAAAGCAGCAGUAAGUGGUAAAGUCUUUAUUAGGCCAAGUGCAAAGGUGAAAAGUAAAUAGUAGUAACCUUAUUCCUUGUAAGCCAUAUGCUGAGGACCAUUCUGCGUGACAGUAGAGAGUUCCUCAUCUACUGCUCUGUGAAGACUAUAGGAUCUCUUUAAAAUGUUGGCAUUAAAAAUUAAACAAAAAUACCAUUACAGAAUUAGCGGAUAAAAGCGACAUACUUUGACAACAGAAACUGGCAUUGCUUUCAGUGGAGCUUUGAUAACUUGUAUCAGCUGAUGAGCUGCAGCCUGAGGUGUCAAAGAGUACAUUUGGCAUAAAACAUAGGGGAAAAUUUAUCAGUAUUUUUUCUAUUUCUAAGACAACAUUUAUUAGGUGGUUGAAACGUUGUCAAAGAAAUUAGGCUUGCGGAUAAGGCCAUCAUGUAGUAGGAUAGACUUUUUUUCCCUUAAUUUUUCUCUUGCUCGUAUAUUUGUGUGUAGGUUGGGUAGUAAUUUCUGUGUCAGCCAUCAUCUUAGUCAUACUGAAAGAGUCAGUAAAAUUCCAUAGAUGAUGAUCACUCCUUACUUUGAAAGUUCACUGUUUAGUUUACUGAUUCCAGAAGUCACAUUUUUCGGUUAAUAACAAAUGCUUGUGCUACACGUUGUAGCAUCAAAAUGUUAGCCCAAAAUGUGGUUUUCUAUUAACAAAUGAGAAAAGUAGCUGAAUUUUAAAAAGCAUAAAAACUAGUGGGCACUUUUUUGAUGUUGAUAAUUUAAAUAUGACUUAGUAAGAAACAAACUGUAGUAAGUCUGUUUAUUUUCCAACACAAGUAGUCAAGAUACUUCAGGUGAAGUAUUUUAUGUUUAAAUCUGACUUAAACAUGUAUUUUAAAUUUCUAAGCUAUAUUUAAAAGAAAGCAGGAAAAAUUAUUUUUUCACCAUGUUCCAAGUUAAGAAUUAAAUAUUGGCCUUAGUUUCGCCUGUGUGUCUUUUGACUGCUAGUCAUAAUCUUAAUAUAAUUUCUGGGCUCUUUUCUCCAAUGAGAAUUAUAUUUGAGCCUUGUUUUCCUGUACCAUUUAUUAGUAGCACCUAUCUACCUUCUGGUACUUACUGCACAACUUAUUUUGAAAUCUGAAGCCUCUGUACAUGUUUGGAGUAACCAUCAACAGCAGUGGUGAAAUAUUACAUUGUCUUGCUAUGCCUUGUCCACUUAAAAGUAGUAUGUUCUUUCAAUUUCUGUAUGUACUUCUGCAAAACAUCCAGAUCUAAAACUUCGUGUCACCCAACCAGUGUGGAAGAAAUGGGCCACAGAAAACUAAGGUUCAACUUUUUAGGGCUAUGGUUCAAGACUUACACACUAAAAUCUCAUUACAUGUAAAAUUAUGCUGAUAUCAAUGCUGGUUCUUAUUCUAAAUCCUGACUACAUCAAAGGUGUACGUUUAAGUCUUGGUGAAGUGGAAUAUAGCAACAACAGCAGUUAGCAAAGACAAACAGACCUUGCAUGGUCCAGUAUUAGACUGAAAGUUCUAAGGCAUGAAAAGGGAAAAAGAAGAAUAGUGCAUAGGAAAGGGGAGAAAAUUUAAAUGGAAGAGACGAACAAAGAAAAAAAUGCACAUACAUUUCCAGCAUAUUAACCAAAACUUAAAACUAGAAUCUCCCUAGCUGGUGAGCCAGUUGGCUCAACAGGUAUAAGCUAGUGCACAAGCCAACGUGAAACCUGUUUGAACAAUCACUUGGGCUUCAGUGCAGUGAAGAUUUAUCUCAUAAAGACAAAAGACAUUAAUGCAAUUUCAAGCUAUAAAUACUUCGUUAGAUAGGUACAAUCUACAUGUUGGAACAGCAAUACUUGAAUCUAUGGGGAUUUAAACACAUAUGUUACUUACAUUUUAAGCAAAAGUAAUUUGGCUGAUCUUUAGUGGAUCUGCCUUUUUUUGCAGCUUCCAAAGCAAUCUCAGGUAAUAAAUAUUGGACAGUAGGAAUUGUACUUCCUUUAUGUGUCUAUUCACUUAUAUCUCACACAAAGGGUCAGUUAAUUGCCUGUUUAGAUUUCUGAUACACUACAGAGAACCAAACUCCAUAACAUUUGUGUAUCAGAGCUGUCAAACGCAUAUAAUUGAAACUGCUUAAUUGUCUGUUUUGGUCACUGAACUGACUGACCACUAAUUGGAAAAUUCUUUCAGUAUAAAUUGAAGUGGGAUAUAUGGUCUAGUGCUCUUCUCCUGUAAAUCCGAAAGGCUUGUCCCAGCUACAGCAAUGACAAAAAGCAGACUGGCUUGGCAGACUCUUAUUUGUUGAAAACAUCUUAUUCAUUGUGUUUUUAUGUUUUAACCGUAUUGGCUACAUUCACGUUAGCACCUUGUUGGUUGGAAGCAUGCAUUACAACAUUUGGUAUGCAUUGCAUUGAUUGCACAGACUCUUAGCCAGAGAAGCAAAACUAGAUGUUUGUGGUUUCUGGAGACUGAAGGGGAUUGCUAAAGGAUGAUAUAUUGGGAAGCCUUCUUCCUCUAUGCUUGAUUUUACCCAAUGGCCUUCCAGAGGUGUACGGUACAAAACUUUGACACAGGCAAAACUGUGUUAGCCCUCCUUCCUGAUGGCUCUAGCAGUCUACUUGUUAUUCAUCAUCCUAGAAAAAUGUGUCAAAGUAAGGCUGCUAACUAAAGCUCUGGUCACUUUCUCUUCAUGCCAUUCCAUUCUUUCCUUCUCAAAUUGUUUUCCUACAAGAGUGCCAAUUUUAAAGAAAGUCGGAACUCACAGCUCCUGCUUUCGCUUGCUUCUGACUUCAUAGUAACACUCAGUAAAGUUUGCCACAUAUCUUUUGAAACUUGGCAAUACUUUUUUUUAAGCCAACGUGGAAAGCAAACUCAAAAUUCCUUCAGAAAAUCUCACCAUUUUAAGGCAGCCAGACUCCACAUCUCUCUACACCUCAGGAAGGCUAAACUAAUACCAGGAGGGAUCUCCUCUCAUAACAGUCCUUGCUGGGCUCCUUCUGCUGUGGGUGCAGAUAUGGUGGAAUCUUGUUGCCUGUGCUUCUAGCUCAGCUGCAUUUGAAGGAAAUGUUAUUCUGUGGUUUUGUUUUCUUAUUCUUCCACUAUAGAGCCUUACCUUCCUGAAACUCCUCAUGAGGCACAACUGCUGAUUCCGAUUCUUAACAGUAUAGUCCUCAGACCCUCAGAUGGAUAGCCUCUAAGUGCUGGGCUUUAUUUUUUUUCCCCCAUUGUGAGUCUUAAAAUGGUCUUCAUUAGUAAGGGAAAGAUGUUUACAUCCUGUCGCACGUCAUUACCUAAACAAGAUGAUAUCAUGCUCAUACAACCUACAAGCCAUUUUUCCUGUUUGAUGACCUGGAAAUGCAAUUUAAAUUUCAAUCACAAUGUUAAAAAAAUUAAUCCUUGCACUCAGAGGGUCAAAGACACAAGCAGUGAAAACAGAAUUGCUCUACUUCCCCUGGAGUCUUGAAAGAAAACACAUGUUCGGUAAUCAUAUUCCAGAAGAAAACUUGUCUGAGAAAUUGCUUUUCCUCUUCAUUUCCCGCCUUCUUAUUCAUUAAACUCACUGUAAAAUAUUAGGUAUUUGCCUGAAUUUGUACGUUCCAAUGCUGCUAGUUCAGAAAAUGCAGCAAAAAAGACAGACUUUUGCCUGCAGUUUGGAGGUAAGACGGGGAUCUGGCAGUCAUGUGGAAUUAGCAGAGACGUGUUAGCCAGAAAAUCUGGAACUCAGAUUAGAAUCUGAAUUAGUUAGAAGGCAUCAAUUUAUAAUAUUACUUGCAGAUCUCCCUUACCUUCACUCAUCCGGUCUACAGCCAGUUCAUAUGCUGAAAUCAGCCUAAUUUUCUUUCUUCUAAUGUCAAUAAAUUCAGCUAAGGGAUGCAAAAUAUUUUUUUAUCCAUUAUUGUUAUCUUCGUUCUUUAUUUUUGUUGCAGUGUAGAUUAUCCUACCUCCUGCAGUGGGAGGAUCCCUCAAUAUUUAGUCCUAAUCUAGAAGUGUAAGACUAUUCUAUAGAACUUCAUCCACAUACAAGACCUUUCUUUGAUGCUGUGACUUAACAUGUCAGAAACAGGAAAAACACAAAAUGAGCGUGUUUGAUUUAGUUUUCUUAUUUGACAGUAGACCAAUUUAUCUCCAAAGUCUCUGGCCUGUAAUAUGUUGCCAAGCUUUCUAGCCCUUCGAGUACAUCCUGUCUAAUGAAAAAUUAAUAAAGCAGUAAUUAUGUGUGCAGUCUCCUCCCACAACACUCACAUACAAGCUACAUUUACUACGAUCAAAAUACUUAGGGAAAAAGUAGGGAAAAAUACAAGUGUAAUUGUUUUCUGGGGAAAACAAUCCACCCUGCUUGACAAAGGUCUAGAAUGUAUUGCUUGCUUCUGACCAGUGCACAGUCUAACAGCCAAAUAUUGGAGAUUACUUAGCAACAAAGCUAUCUGGAUGAGGAUGACCUGACAUAAAAGCAUUGUCUUUUCCACCAAGAGUAUUCAUGAAUAUUUUAAUGCCACUUAACUGAGAAGAUGUGUAGAGAUCUUGCCCCUACUCUGGCCAUCAACACUUCUGAGCUGUAGCCAGACAUGUCGGUCUGCAAGUGAGAGAGAGAAAAGGCUGGCAGUCUGGCUUUCGACACUCUCUCCACAGCUAGCCACCUAAGCUCAUUUCUUUUGGAUCCUAAGGAUCUAUUAUUUUGCUAAGCCUUGUACUUUCUUAUUUUGGACAUCUACCACCUGCCACUCAGUUUUCGCCAGUAGUCCUGAACAAGCAAGUUGAAGCUACUUGCUGCUAAUGGACUGCAGUUGUAACUCAUCAGAUGCACAGUACUCUGCAAAAGUCCAAUGUCUUAUGUGUUAUGCCAGUUCCAUCUGUUGUCUAGAGGUAGAGUUGUCACCUAACUUUUCUCUUUCAUAGUACUGCAUGUUUUCUAACCUAUAAUACAUCUUCUACCCUUUUAACAUCUGACUUCUAAAUAUUUGCUUGUCCCCCACAGACUAGGUGAUGAAAGUAAUCAGUGAAUCUCAUGUAGACCUGUCUUACCCACUUAAAAGGCGACCCUUCAAAAUAAGGGAGUCAGGAAAAAAUAAUUAAAUGGAUCAAACUAAAUGAGAACCAGGAAUACCAUGAUUUCAAGGCCUCGGUUUCAAUUACCUUGGUAUUUGUCAGUUGUUCUCCUUAAAUCCUAGCCUGCAGUUAUAUAAAACUGUAUAUUGUAAAGAAGAAGUAUUACACAGUUAGAGAUGAAUACAUAUACAGACAUGCAUAUGGGUGAGUAUACACACAUACAUAAACACACCCACACCCCUCCCUAUAACAUAGGCAGAUGUAAGACUUAAGGUCCAUAUUCUGAUCUCAUUCUUGAUGGUAAUAAGUGUUACUUUCCACAUUAUGCAUUAUCUUUAAACACAAAUAACAUCCUGCUCUGUACCUUGUGCAGAACCCUUUACUUAUUCAUGUGCAAAAUUGUCAGGAUGCCAACAUUCAUCUUAGUUGGCCAUUAGGUUUCAAUCACUGGAAGGCAACUCCUGAAAUGGUCUGAAAAAUGAGCUUUGAUUUUGCUGUAACCUUUCCCUCUGUACUGCACUGUGCCAAACCGCAAAAUAGCACAUCAUGCAAAGGCACUGGUCAUGUUCCAGUGACUAGGAGACACAGUGCUCUCAGAUACAUAUAAUCCUAAGAGCUGUGAAUUUUGUCUUAUUCAACCUGAAGUCCUUCAAAAUGUUCCAUGUAGAUGUCAAGAUGUUAACUUUUGUGUAAUGUAUGAGAAAAUGUCUGUGUCUUCCUGUGUUGUGUGUUUCUUAUUGUUUCUGCAUACAUACUGCUACUGCUCUAGUAAGGUGGCUAAACAAUUGUUUGCUGCUGUUCUUAUCAGCAAUCUUUGACCAGCCUGAAACAGAGCCAUUGCCAGGGUGUCUUUCAAUUAAUGAUUAACAUCCACUAAGAUCUUCUACAGUAAUUAGCACUGUAUAAAGUAAUUGCAGCUAUCAUGAGCAAGUCUACAGUGAAAAUAGCAGCACAUGCACCCAGAGCAGUGAGGGUGGAGAGAACUCUUGCAAAAGCUACAGCAUACACAGCAUUUCACCUUGCCUCUAUGAAGGACAUCCACCCUUUCCAGUGUGCUUCCUCUGGUGGGGGACACGCACACAUGCUACGGAACUAAAAACUCAACAGAAGAAAGGGUGUAUUCCUUCUACAGGAUUUAACAAUGUAUAUUGGCUGUGAGAAAGCCAACUCUACGUUAAGAUUAAAAGAAACAAAUAAAACCCCAAACCAACAAAUGCAAGCAGCCUGCAAUUCUUUUUUUUUUUUUUUUUUAUUUUCUCACACAUGUUCUGUAAGUUGACAAAAUGAAUACCGGUCUAUGCCAGGCUUUUGGGAGGAGGCCAUGAAAGAGUAGCAAUGCUUAUGUAAUAUUACUUCUGGAAAGUAGUGAGUCUUUCAGAAAGGAAAACAUACUUACUGAGCCUGUAGUAGAUACUGUAGCUUCUAAUUGUGAUCAUGAAUGGACAGUUUAAAGUAGAAAACUGCCAUUCAGAUGCAAAGCAGCACAGAUAAUAUGAUGCUCUAUUUGGAAAUUUGUAAACAUAGAUAAAACCCAGUAGUUUAGAAGGAAAAAGAGAAUAUUAAAAUUUGGAGAAUGAUCUUACAAAACACAACCUCCCAUCAUCUUUUUUGGAUCAACCUUACAGUUCCUCCCUGCUCCUUCCUGUCACAGAUUCCCUCUGACGUGAUUACUGAUUUCUUCAGUGCUUGAAGAGGGAAAUGAAAGUUCUUACUGACAUUUGCAACAAAAAUGAGAACAGGCAUUAAAUUAGUCCUGUAGGACAGAUAGCUUCUUAACAAAGAGUUAAAAAAGAACACCAGGAUGCUAGUGACUGCAUUUGUUACCUUCGUAGUGGUUUGGGAUCCUAUGAAGUGCUACAUGAAAGUAGAAUUGUAUGUAUAAACUGACCCCUGUUUAAAUCAGUGAAACAAUUUACAGGACAGGGAUCUUGGCUUUCUCUUUCAAAAAUAUUAAAUACAAGACUUCGUGUACUGUCAUGCUGCAAUUGUGGUUCUGAGAAAAAUUUAUUCAUUUAGACUUUAAUUUCAACAUGAAUAAUUUUAGCUUUGCUUUUUCCUAUGAACAUAACAUUUCCCAAACAGUUAAACAUUUUUAAAGAGCAUCCCAUGCAAUAAGUCUAAUGAAUCAAGUGACAGCUCGUUUCAGCCAUUUGUUACGGAAAAUUGUAAAAAAUCCCAAAUAAAACUUUUUAAAAAAUUGCUGUGUUACCCUCAGCUGCAUAACAUUGUGACAACUAAAUUAUGUCUCAUAGGUAGCCUCAAAUAUAUGCUACAAAGUAGCAAUACAUAGAUUUUUUUUUUUAAAGUAGGCGGUUUCCUUUGCAAUGUUAGGACAUAUACACAGAAGUCAGGCAUCAAGGAUGAAGUCCUCAAAGUAGAGCUCUUUGCCUUCACUGUAAUUUAUUGACAUUGUCAUGUUACCGAUUCUCUUAAAAACUUGUUAACAUUUUCUAAUGCUAAGCAAAAGAAAGAAAAAUUGCAUUCUUUCCUAAUUUUUUUGUGAGCUAUUUUCUGCUCCUGGUUUCUCUUACUAAACUUUCACUCAAAUUGCCAACUGUGCUGAUCCAACUAGAAGUACAAUUUUUCAAACUGUCUUUAAUAUACAAAAGUGCAGAUGUGCACCGUGCAUAUGUUGUCAAGAAAAUCAUAACCCUUUUUUACUAUCUCCAUUUCUUAACACAAGGAAACAUGUACAUAUUGUAUAUAAGGUAAUGAGCUACUUUGAAGUUGAAUUCUUAUUUAUACAUAUUUACUUCCAGAUCUGCUAAUCUGCAACAAGAUCUUGGCAAUGGUCCUGAUGUCUCUGUUUCUAUCUUUGUUUGUUUUCUUUACUGCUGCGUGUGAUCUCCUGUAAAGCAGGUUACAGUCAUCCCUAUUGUAUAUAUGUGUUUGCAUGUAUGUGCCUUGAUAAAUUCUCUCUUUUGGAGUUCUGAAUUUUUCACUUCAAGUCCAGCUGGUACAAUAGUGAACUCAUCUUUCCAGUAUGCUUCUCUGUGUCAGAUUGCCAACUUAAAAAAUGUUUGACCAAGUGUUUUGAUUAAGUCCUCUGAGGAAAGCUGUCUGUAUACUUGUGAAAGGGCAUGCUCUGUGUCGGAUGACUGUGUACAGUAUAAAUCUUUAAAAUGUGGAAGUGUUUAUAAAUUUAUCUGCCAAAUAUUUAUCAUCCAUGUAACAAAUGCAAAGUUAUUUAGUGUACAUCAGAUUAAUAAAGGAACAUUUUUUGCUCCACUAUAUUCAAAUAAAGAUUUGUUCUCUGCAAUGAAUACAUGUCAGGUGUGAUGAUAGCCAGAACAUCAUUUUUCAGUACCCACAGAAUACUGGAAACAGUUGUUUUACAUUAAUAAGUUCUUUUACAAAGGCUCUCUGUCUAUCUCAUCUUUAAUGGCUGUAAUUGAGGCUGAACCUGUGUUAAAAGAAAACACGUAACAAGUUAAUAAAAUUAAAGUAUUUUAAAUUACCAAAAAAAAAAAAAAAACCAAACAGAGAGAGUAAGAAAUUGCUAUGGUUGAAAGAGAGCAAGGUUUUUAACUAGCUGUCUGUGAUUCAUAUUUUUAUGCUACAUAGUUGCACAAAAUAGACAUCUGGCCUUUCACUACAUAGCUGCACUGAAGGAGUAUGUUAUCACCCAAAGGGUGUAGUCUAACUCUGUGUGAAAAGCAUACCUCUGCAAGGUAUGAUGAUCCAUGCAUCCGAAAUGUGAAUGGGAAUUUGUACAAAAAACUGUAUUUCUGGAAGAACAGGGUAUUCAGCAAAAAACUCCCCCAAACCCAAAAGCCUGAAGCAACACUGCAACAACAUUAGUUUUCAUUGUACUUGUGCAUUGAGGGCCUCUGAAAAGCCUCAACAGAUCAAGUGUGGUAGCUUCAAAAUAAUAAGAAACUGCUGUGUUGUUUAUAUUCUGCCAUCUCCAUGCCUGAAUCAGAAAUACAUUUCCAAAUAUAGGUUAUACCAAACAGAUGACGGACUAAACAAAACAUAUGAGCCUCUUCAUCUGUGUCACCAAUAGUGAAAAACUAAGCUACGUUUGAAUUCAACUGUUUUUCAAUUCGUGCAAGAGCACUUUCUGCAAAACCCAACUACCAAGGACAUGUAUAAUUUUAUAACUGUCCUUUGGUAACUGGUAUCUUUUGAAGUAUGGUACAGAAAAAAAAUUCUCUAUUUAUCGAAAACAACCAGCAGAAGUACUAAUCCAUAUUUUACAUCUUCUUAGAUGUACGUAGUUAUCUAUGUGCAUUAGUACACUUCUAACAUUUUAUAGUGGAAAUAAAAUUUUUAUUCCUGUAUCUCCUAGUCUCAUUUUGGGAAGAAACCAACCUCUUUUGUGCAGAAGAUAACAAUCCAAAAGGGAGUGUGUGAGAUUUACACAUAUUCUUCAUAGGUACCUUUCACAAGCUUCACUUAAUCUCUAAAAAACCUU